GUCCCGGUCCCGGUCCCGGUCCCCGAUCCCUCGCCCAGCGGCGUCGAGCUACACCGUCAGUUUUCCCCGAGGACAUCGAGGGUUUCUUAGGGCGGUGAUCGAUCAUGCUUGACUGGCUGUUCAAGAAACGUAGGCUGGAGGCGGGCGCUCAGCCUCUUACCACGCUGGACAAGUUGAACGAGACACUUGAAAUGCUGGAGAAAAAGGAGAAGCUUCUCAAAGAGAAGGCUUCUCAAGAGGUUGAGAAAGCAAAGGAGUUCACUGGAGCAAACAAUAAAAGGACGGCAAUUCAGUGCUUGAAGAGGAAGAGGCCGUAUGAACAGCAGAUUGAGCAGCUUGAAAAUUUCCAACUUCAGAUUCUUGAUCAGAUGAUAAUGUUGGAAGGAGCAGAAGCAGCAACUGAGACUGUGGAUGCUCUGAGAACUGGAGCAGCAGCAAUGGAAGCAAUGUAUGUCCUACGUUUGUUAGCAGAAGCAGCAACUGAGACUGUGGAUGCUCUGAGAACUGGAGCAGCAGCAAUGGAAGCAAUGAAUAUCCAUGAUGUGGACAAUAUCGCGGAUGAGAUUAUUGAACAAUAUGAGGCCAUGAAACGAAUGCAAGCGGCAGUGUCAGCUCCUUCUGGUGCAGCGGCUGACUUUGAUGAGGAUGAGCUUGAGGCAGAGCUUGAAGAACUGGAAGGCGCUGUGUGGGAAGAACAGCUCCUUCCGCCCGCCGAAACAGCUUCUGCUGUUCCAUUUUUUGAACCAGCUGGCCUGCUUCCAGCCCCCCCUGUUCCUCAGGGGACAGCCAGGGAGGAUGAACCGGAAGGCACUGAGUUGGAAGAACAGCUCCUCCUGCCCGCCGCAACAGCUUCUGCUGCUCCAGUGCAUGUCAUUGCUGUCCUUCUUCCAGCCCCCCCUGGUUCUCCGGGGACUGACAAGGAUGAUGAAACUUGCUGAUGAGAUGGCAUUUUGAGCAUGUCAAUCUGCUCUCAUCUUUAAAAUAUAAGCUAGAUAUGUUGAGAAACAAGAACGAUGAAGACGUAUUUUUGAGGCAAUUUUUUCCAUCUUCUUUUUUUCUCUUCCUUCACAUUGUACAUAUAUGCAUUUAUCAUACAAAAAAGGAAAGAAUAAGCAAGAUUACAGCGAUUACACUCUCCUACUUUAUCUCCGAGUAUCCUUGAUUGAAUCAAUUCAAAUCAAGGUUAAAGAUAAAAUCGUAUCUUUCUCCAACAAGAUAAGACUCUUUUUUGUAUUUUUUAUUGUACUGUCGUUGUGAUCUGAUAUAUCAGUUAUGUUCCCAGUUCUACGGCUAGUGGUUAACUGAGGUUGUGCAGGACUUGUCCAACCUGUGAUGAGGAACACUCCCGCCUCUGCCUGUAUGCAUCGAUAUUUAUCUUUGGUUCCAUAGUGAAAAGACAGGUUCUUUCUGGUGCU